AUGGGAAGUUGGAGGAUCGAGGGCGGAGGAUUGCUCGAGCUCGAUACGGGCUGCGUGUCUGGCCGAGCAGACAGUAGCACUCGUGCUUAUAAUCAAGCGACAGACGGUCAGUGAAAGGUGUUUGUCGUCGAGAGAAAGGUGUCGAGGGAGUGGAAAUACGCAACGGGGAGCCCAAAAUGCCGGUUACUUAGUGACGGUGAAGGAUCAAGUCGAGUCGAGUCGAGUCGAGUCGGGUCGGGUCACGACGAGUCGGAAACGAGACUGAUACAGGUGCAAAGGUCGACGAGUCUACGAUGACCAGUGAUUGUCGUAGUCGUAGUCGAGAGCGAAUGGUCAGCGUGAAAUGA